AUGCAAAGUAAAGUCACUCUGACAGAUGGUGUUCAUUUGGAAGGGAAAGGCAGGACCAUAAAACCCAAGAAUCCAGUUGAUGCCCUGAUCAACCUACACCUGCAGUCAUUCUGGGAUAAUAGCAAUAAGCAUAGUAACACUACCAACCUAGGAAGAACUCGAAUUACGACAAAUCCUAAAAGACGUCAAGUUAAUCUUGCUCAAUGCCAACUAUAUUCCCAAACAACUUCAGUACGCAGUCUACGCAAAACAACAGUAACAGUAACAAAAAGUACACCUCGUACCAAUUAUUUACCAGUCUGGAAUCCAAUCAAUCUUCAUUUCAACAGAGCCUAUGUACCUUUUGAUCCCCAAAACCACAAAAAGUCCAAUCACCAGACCACACACGAUGCUGUUCUGUCAGCCGCACUUGGACAAUCAGAUGCCUCAACUGCACAAUCUCUGAUCGACAUUGCAUUCCAAAUGCUCUCAAAAAAGAAACCAGAACUUGCAUGGGAGUGCUACAGUGACAUCAGUGCAAAGGGUAUGCUGGGUUACCUGUCAAGCGACCAAUUUAAGCACCUCAUCAAGCACUUUAGCAGUACCGCCCAUCGCGGCAAUGGCCUCGAGUACAUCCUGACCCUUAUGGAGGACAUGCAGAACAUGGGUUAUCGAGUAGGCAGAAAAGAAAAGAUGCUUGUACUCAGGUUAUUGGGCACAAGAGGUAAAAUAGACGAAAUGGAGGGAAUCUUUCAGGACGUCACAAAGGACGAUGCCACAAAGCUCAAUCCUCCUCUUCCUUUGCCUGCGCCAUCUUCUUCGUCUCCGUCUUAUCCAGCCCUCUCGUCGAUUGAUUCCGACAUACUCAGCAAGCCUUACAAUAUUGUCUUGGCUGCUUACGAAGAACACAACAAAGCAUUGGGUAAAUUUGAAACCGCCAAACGAUCCAUGGAUGUCUAUGGCCAGAUGAUCGAUAGAGGAUUGCGGCCAUCAGAAGCAUCGACACUCAUCCUGACUGCAAACAUCAGGCGUGGUGCGGACGACCCAGAGGUGGUCGAGCACACAUGGACCUGGCUGUGGAACCGGAUCGGAAAGGAGAUCGGCCAGUCGAACACCGAGUUAGUGGACCCUCUGCUCUACAGGAACAUGGUCAUGUUCUUUGCUUCAGUUGGCCGGCCAGACUGGGCAUUAGAGAUCAAUGACAUUAUGCGUAAAAAAAAGAUCCCUCGCGAUGUUCGAAUGAUGACUGCCCUGAUCCACAAGGUAGGGCGCAGUGGAGACCUGGAGCAGGCAAUGGGAUUACUAGACGAAAUGAAGCGCAUCAACCUCGUCCCAAACACCGUCACCCUCAACGCCCUGAUCGACAUCCAUGUUCACAAGCUACCCCAGCCUGAUCUUGCCGGUGCGAUCCGCAGCUACAGUAUGUUUGCUGAACAAGGACUCCAGCCAAACGAAAUCACAUUCGGUACCCUCAUCGACAUGUUUGGUAAAAAGGGCGACAUUGACCGGGUGCGCGAACUCUACCAGGAUAUGGUCCAUACACACAAAAUCAAACCAACCCAGCACAUCUUCUCUUCUCUGAUCGAGUGCUUCAUCACCAAAAAGGAUUUCAUUUCUGCCCUUUCGGUUGUCAAACUGAUGCGCAAACCCCCGGUCCGAGUCCAGCCAAACGACGUCAAUUUCAAUUUGCUGAUCAGCUCAUUUGCGGAUGACAAUGAUAUCUACAGUGCCGUUCUGUUUCUCAAGACGCUCAUCAAGGCCGGCAUAAAGCCGACUGCUCAAUCAUACCACCCCAUCCUGACCUACUACUCGCGCCGCGGUGAUGUCGAGUCAGUCAAGAGCCUGUUGCAGAAAAUGCAUGGUUCUAACAUCAAACUUGAGCCUAUCACAUAUGGCAUUUUUCUCGAUGCCUACUCAAAGGCAGGUGAUGUUAAUGGGGCCGAAAAGCUCUUUAAGGAGUACAAGUCAAGAUGGAGACCAAACGCUUAUAUAUUCAAUUCGAUGAUGUACGUCUACAUUCUCCAAAACGACCUCGAUCGGGUCCUGGACAUCUACAAGGAAAUGAUGAAGACUAAUGUCAAGAUGACCGAACACUCCUACGGGCUGCUGAUGUACUGCUACUCUUUGCGUAAAGAGCCCGACGCCACCGAAGCACUGAUGGAAACCAUGAAGACGAACAAUGUCAAGCCGAGCCUGAUCUGCUGGAACAUUUUACUCGGGACAUACUUUAAAGUCAACCGCCCAACCGAAGGUCGAGAGGUUGUGGAUCGGAUGGCAAAGGAGGGCAUUGUGGCCAACUAUCCAAUCUUGAGUACCUUUAUCGACGGACUGACCAAGACAGGCAAUGUCGAGGUUGCCGAGUCUGUACUCCAGUCGUGCCUGACUAGAUUCCAAGAAAGAUUAAAGGCGCAAGCAGAAGUCCAAGCACAGGCACAGACCGUUGCCCACCGAGAUCUUUCGUUGCUGACCGACGCUUUACCAAACUCUGAUCAGUCCUAUGUUACAAUUCUCCCACAGACGAUCGAAGAUCUACUGAAAGCCAACAAUACCAAGGAUGUCUUCAUCGACAGACCGCCACCUCACAUGUUUGUGCCCUUGUUGCAACACUACGUCAAAACCAAAGAAAUAAGCCAAGCCAAGAGCCUCUUUGUGCAGAUGAGGGAUCUUGGCGUGGAGUCGAAUCCUGUCGUGUACGUGACGAUGAUGAAACUCUACCUCGAGACAGACGAUUUCGAUCGAGUGGAGAUGAUGUGGAAUGCGAUCCGAUCACCUAGUCCAGAACAAAAACAGGUCGACACAAUGGAUCCUGAGCUGGGCCAGAUUCCUUUACCACAACCUAGUUCCAAGAGAUACCCGGUUACUCUCUUGCCAUUCUACGAUUACGCCGCAGAAACCACAAAAAAAAAUAGCGCUAAUAGAAACAACAGUACUAACGCUUAUGAUACCAUAGACGAAUUAUUCAAAGACAUUGUUGAACCAAAACGAGAGUCUCGCUUCGCACUGGCGGUCUAUCUGGAUGCGUUGUUGCUGCAGAACCGAUUCAAGGAUAUUGAUGAUCUCUGGAAGGAUUUAAGUUCGAGUCACUACAUAUUUGAUGAGCACAACUGGAAUCAAUAUGUUGCGACUAUGGUCAAGGGCGGUCGGUUACUAGAGGCCUGUCGAGCCGUUAAGGACAAGUUGAUCGAGGCUGACGGGAGUGAUGUGAAGUCUUCUUCAAGAAAGGGCGAGUUCUCAGAAGACCGCGGAAACAGUAUCAGCACAAAGACCUGCUGGCUGCUUGUCGAUGCUCUUGAGAUUCCUGGUGCGGAUGGAAUGGGUCGUGAAAUCCUUAGAAAGACGGUCGUUGAGCAAGUCAGAAGUUUCUUGCGCAAACAUACAAAUUAG